CCGCGGGUCGAAGUCGGACCCGCCGCAGCCGCCCGCCGGCGCCGAGCUCCGGUGGCCUCUCCAGGAAACGUCAGUCUCCGCCCGGGGAUCUGGGAGCACCGCCCCCUCCGACCUCCCGGGACCCCCGGCUCCGGCGCGCGGGCGAUGGGCGGCCGCUGAGCGGGCGCUUGGAACCGCGACCCCCAGUUCCUCGGCAUGGCCGCGCGAGAAGAGCUGUACAGCAAAGUCACCCCGCGCAGGGACCGCCUGCAGCGCCCGGGCACGGUCAAGCAUGGGUCGGCGCUGGACGUGCUCCUGUCCAUGGGCUUCCCCCGCGCCCGCGCACAAAAAGCUCUGGCAUCCACGGGAGGAAGAAGUGUUCAAGCAGCAUGUGACUGGUUGGUUGUUCUCUCAUGUCGGUGACCCCUUCCUGGAUGACCCCCUGCCUCGGGAGUAUGUCCUCUACCUCCGCCCGACUGGUCCAUUAGCCCAGAAGCUCUCAGACUUCUGGCAGCAGUCCAAGCAGAUCUGUGGGAAGAACAAGGCCCACAACAUCUUCCCCCACAUCACCCUCUGCCAGUUCUUUAUGUGUGAGGACAGCAAGGUGGACGCACUGGGGGAAGCCCUACAGACAACUGUCAGUCGCUGGAAAUGCAAGUUCUCAGGCCCGCUGCCCCUGGAGCUCUACACCUCCUCCAACUUCAUUGGGCUCUUCGUCAAGGAAGACAGCGCAGAGGUCCUCAAGAAGUUUGCGGCUGAUUUCGCUGCGGAGGCUGCAUCCAAAACGGAAGUGCACGUGGAGCCUCAUAAGAAACAGCUGCACGUGACCCUGGCGUACCACUUCCAAGCCAGCCACCUGCCCACGCUAGAGAAGCUCGCCCAGAACAUCGAUGUGAAGCUGGGGUGCGAUUGGGUGGCCACCAUAUUCUCGAGGGAUAUCCGGUUCGCUAACCAUGAGACGUUGCAGGUGAUCUACCCCUAUUCCCCUCAGAAUGAUGACGAGCUGGAGUUGGUCCCUGGGGAUUUCAUCUUCAUGUCUCCCAUGGAACAGACCAGUACCAGUGAGGGCUGGAUUUACGGCACCUCGCUGACCACCGGCUGCUCGGGGCUGCUUCCUGAGAACUACAUCACCAAGGCUGAUGAGUGUAGCACCUGGAUCUUCCAUGGUUCUUACUCCAUCUUAAAUACGGUGUCCUCGGGCUCACUCACGUUUGGUGAUGGAGUAUUAGAGAGGCGGCAGUAUGAGGACCAAGGACUCGGGGAGACAACACCUCUCACUAUCAUCUGCCAGCCCAUGCAGCCUCUGAGGGUCAACAGCCAGCCUGGACCUCAGAAGCGAUGCCUCUUUGUAUGUCGGCAUGGGGAGAGGAUGGAUGUUGUAUUUGGGAAGUACUGGCUAUCCCAAUGCUUUGAUGCCAAAGGCCGCUAUAUUCGCACCAACCUGAACAUGCCUCAUAGCUUACCUCAGCGGAGCGGCGGUUUCCGGGACUACGAGAAAGAUGCUCCAAUCACCGUGUUUGGGUGCAUGCAAGCAAGACUAGUGGGUGAAGCCCUGUUAGACAGUAACACCAUUAUUGAUCACGUUUAUUGCUCUCCAUCCCUACGCUGCGUUCAGACUGCACAUAAUAUACUGAAAGGUUUACAACAAGACAAUCACUUGAAGAUUCGGGUGGAGCCAGGCCUAUUUGAAUGGACAAAGUGGGUUGCUGGGAGCACGUUACCGGCAUGGAUACCUCCGUCAGAGUUAGCUGCAGCCAACCUGAGUGUCGAUACAACCUACAGACCUCACAUUCCAGUCAGCAAAUUAGUAAUUUCGGAAUCCUAUGACACUUACAUCAACAGGAGUUUCCAGGUGACGAAAGAGAUAAUAAGCGAAUGUAAAAGUAAAGGAAAUAACAUUCUGAUUGUGGCCCAUGCAUCUUCCCUCGAAGCAUGUACCUGUCAACUCCAGGGCCUAUCCCCUCAAAACUCCAAGGACUUUGUCCAAAUGGUCCGGAAGAUCCCAUACCUAGGCUUUUGUUCCUGUGAAGAACUAGGGGAAACUGGAAUAUGGCAGCUGACAGAUCCUCCCAUCCUCCCCCUGACUCAUGGACCCACUGGGGGCUUCAACUGGAGAGAGACUUUACUGCAAGAAUAAGCCACCUCAGAGGUGGGAAGAACUGGCCUUUGGUGGAUGAGUCCUCAGGAUGUUCAAUGACUGUGGAAAAGCCCACACUGCGUUCGAAGGGGACAGCUCAGAAUCAGUUAGCAUACUUCUGUUCACGCUUCGGGGUCUUCCGGUGAGACUGUGUCGAUGAGAGAAAGGCAUGAUCAGAGGGAGAAUAAAACAAAAUCCAUCUUCUCUGGACUUGCCUAGCUAGGAAGAACCGUCUUCCUAAGCUGGGGUGCCUGCUGCAGCAGAGACUACCAUCCUCCUUCAGGCUAUGCAUGGCUAAAGAGCCUCACUCUUCUCCCCAAGAGCUGCCCGAACCCUCAAGAGGCAUGCAAGGGGAAGGUCUGUGUCUCGAAUCCAACUGGAGGUGGGGUAGUCUUCUGUACUCUGUUUGCAAGUUAGGCAGAGCCACACUGAGGAGUGCUUUGAUGGUUGUUAGCAACCGUAAGAAUAGUCCUCGGGUCACACAGCAGAUGCCGCAAGGACCCCUACUCUUCAUCCUGGCACCACCGCUUCGUCUCUAGAGCAGCCUGGCCCUUCAUACUUCUGUCGGCGAAAUGGGGAGGAAAGUACUUGUGCUCUCCAAAGCACUUUGAGAUCCUCAGGAGGAAUCAAGAAAAUGAGUGACGUAUCGGACAGGAGGUCUACCGACUUGCCGAGUAUUAAUCAAGUUGACAUUGCCCCUGGGAUAGCCCGAUGAACUGGGAAAUCCCUGAGCCUGUCUGAAUCAAGAUGUGUCUUUCUACCCAGGCAGUUAAGGAGACUGACAUUUGGAAGGAUGUAGGUUUGAUUCAUUAUUUGGAUCAGGGAAAAAAAAAAACCUCCUUCAGUGCAAUAGUAGAAACUAUACUGAGGGUUGUGUUGUCCACAAACAGUCCACAGUACCUGUAGCAGAACGCCCACAGGCGAACCAGUUCUAGGUUGUCUAAGGAAGCCCAGGGACUAACGUGAAUGAUGACAGUCACAGCUGCACUGCUUCUCUUGCUGUCCUCUUUCUUUGCUUUUUCUAUAGUAAUUUAAAACAAAACAGAUGGGAGGAAGGAGUACUUGAAGGACGUUGGAGAGACACAGCCUAUCUGUGGACUCUCAUCACCCCUACUUCCCGUAUUUAGAGGGUGUGUAUUUAAAAGCAGAAUAAAUGACAAUCAAACCAAAAUAUCACUUAUCAAUGCUUAUUUAAUUGUGUGGACAGCCGUUAGGGCCGCAGACAGUAACCUGGUAGGAGGUAGUUUGUGAGUGUAGCGUGUGUGUGCAAAUCGAAAUCCCAGCCACUGAGAAGGAACACUGAUACAAACCGAAUGCAUUCCUUCGCCUGUAUGUGAGAUUGGCAUUUGAUAGCCCACCCCUGAAAAGAAGAGGAAGGGUCAAGGUUGCUGGCUACAUGUGAAUCAGCAAAGGGAUGACAUUUGUAGUUUUAAAGGCGCUUAGAGAAAUAGUCAUGAAUUUUACAUUUUAAUUAAAUAAGCUGUGAUUUUUUUUUUCUGGUACUGAAAGAACACAGACCCAACUCCUGGCACAGAUGUUACCCUGUGCUGACACAUUCAUUAUGUUUUAAGCUUAAAAUGUCUUGAAGGAAAAAGACUCCAAUUAAAAGCUUUAAAAGAAAAGUCACAUUACAGCCACUUUGAUGUUCCUGUCACUCAUUCUUCUGGUAUUUGUGAGUCCUCUGUUCACUCAGAUCCAAAAUGAUUCACCACCAGCUUCCCAGACUUGGUGCUCAGAAUAAGUCUUAAAUACUUUCCAUCAGAGUUCUGUGGCACUGUUAAGAAUGCUGUGGACAGUGUCUGUACUUGUAAAACACCUCAUCCUAGGUUCUCCUCCCUCUCGGUUGUCUUAGCCUUAAGUGUCCAGGUAAAUGAGUCACUUUGGUUGUGCCACAUUCCAUUGUCCUUAAUCCAAUAUAGACAGAGUCCUGGGCCAUUGUCUACAGAGCCAAAGAGGAUGGAAACUGAAGUAAGUUUCUGAAUAACUUGUGGAAAACUCUUUAGUACAGAAAAGUUUAAUUAUCCAAAUUGCUUAUCAAAAUAUGCUGGAGGAUCUGAAGUCAAUGAACAUCUUAUUGCAUGGUUGCCUAUUUAAAAACAUUAGAGAUUGAGUCCAUCUAAGCAGUCCUUUGGGAAUCACGUCAAAUCCGUGUGCAGUGACGUCUGCUUCAUCAGAUUUCAUAUACGUACAGAAGUUCUCGGCUGGCAGUUGACUCUGAGCUGAUGCUAGCUCUUUUUGACCUGCAGCUCAUGCUAGCUCAGAUGAUAUCUGGGAGAAGGAAUGAGUCCCAAACAGGGCAGGAAGAAGAUAAUUUAAAAAAAAAUUUUUUUCCCCAUGCCCCCACCCUUUUUCUGGUAAGUGUUGGGAAGGCAUCUGAAGUCUACCAGGAGAGAUUAAAUGAGUCAAAGGGUUUAGUGUGGGAUUGCAAGUCUAAACGGUGACCUGUUUCACCAAAUGUGCACAGGCUCCAGCCUUGUUCCUAGGUAGGACUUCGUCCCUGUGGUUUUCUCUGUGGACUGUCUGAAAUAAUCGGUGCAUGUGAAUGCCCACGCUGGGGCUGUCCUUUUCCCAGGCUCUCCUCACCACCACCACUGCCCGGCUGUGAGGAGCCCUGUACCUCACCCCAGAGUGACAAUAGCAUUCAGAUGACUGUGUUUCUAUCCCUCUGCAUUCAGAGUCAUCCAGUCUGAAUGGCUGAUGAAGUAGCCUUCUGAUGGCUGAAAGAGGGUGUUAUUUUUCACCCUGUAAAGAAAGGCUUGGGAGACACUACUUUUUUAUUUUAACUAUACUUUAACCAAAGAAUUAUUUUAACGUAGAUGUAUAUUUGGAAGAUGGUUUUACAAAAUACAAAUGAAUAAAUAAAGAAAAAUAUGAAGCAUGUCUUCUGGAGCCAUGUGGCUUUUAGUAAGUACCGCUGUUGAUCAUUUUCUUGCCACUUUUGUUUGGAAUAAACAUAGAUGGUCUUCCUGCCCUGAAUGUGUCUCCUCCACUCUGCAAGUUGUAUCCCUGUGAAAAUGAAGCCCCUUAUUUCAGUUAUCCGAUGCCAUGGGGCACUCACAGAAGGGCAGCAGGAAGAGAGGGUCCUGUCUCGCUGCCUUUGUAGAAAGCCUUGUUUCUGUGCUAAGAACAGCAUUCCUCUGUAACCUAGGCGCUGGGUUUAAUUUCGAAGCAGUGAUGAAUUGCUCUUUUGAAUCUACUCUCCGUAUAUUCAUGUGUUAGAAUACAGAUGAGCCUCCCUCUAAGCUUCACAGGCAUCGGCAGUGUCAACUGUACCAAAUCUGCACAAAGUUGGAUAAUGAGACUCCUGGAGAUUUGCAUUUAAAUUGUAAUCCGGCACAUGCAAGUGAGGAGAAAAAAAGAGGGGUCUAGUCUCGUGAGCCUGUGGUGCCACGGGAAUAAGACUGGCAAGAAGGACAGGGGGCAGCCUGACUUAACGUCUGUUUAGGGCAAUGUCCAUGUUACAGAGGUGAUGGGGGUGGGGUCGUUAGGUGCUUUCCAUCUUUAAACACAUGACUAAAAUUGGAUUUGCUUUACCAUUGAUUUCUGGGAAGGUGGCCGUAGGCAUUGCCUUUCAACGCAAAGGAAAGAGCUGCUCUGUCACAUACAGUAUUUCUGUGUGUAGCAUGAAGACGCAGAGUCAUUAGUAGUCAAACACUAUAUGGUCAGCCCUCACAAAUAUUUGCCCGGUAGUCCUUAGCCGCCAUUACUUGCACAGAAAAAUGUGCAGCUGUUCAACUGUUUGUGAAACUCUGUACAGGAUCUGUGUGCAAAAUGAAAACAGUGUACACUGGUUCUUCGGUUGCCGCUAAGAUGGGAACAGCACCCCAGAGCCUUUGAGCUUUGCAUACACCACUCUGAGCAUGUCAGUUUCGUUCUCACAUAUGAGACUCUUGUGUCAUGCUUUUUUUUUUUUCUAUGUGAUUGGAGUGUAUUUAUUGGGGGGGGGGGGGGAGUUUGUCAUUAUAAAAAUAGAAAACCGCACCUAGCCAUACUGUCAAAUUCCUUGUAUGCUUCGCUGGCUGAGAAGCUGAUCUUCUGGACAAAGCUAGGACCAUAUCCACUGAAAUGGUUCUUAGAUGACUUAAUAAAAAGAAACUGUGUCUUCAGCCGACCUAGAGCAACCGCA